GCAAUUCUGGCUGGUAUGAUUGGCGGCUCGACGGGUGAUCUCCUCAUGCAUUCUCUUGACACUGUCAAGACUCGUCAACAAGGCGCACCGACGGUUCCAAAAUACUUCAACAUGACGUCGGCGUAUCGCACGCUACUACGGGAAGAAGGUGUCUUGCGCGGCCUGUAUGCGGGUAUCAAGCCGGCGAUGCUUGGCUCGAUCCCGGGGACGGCCAUCUUUUUUGGUACUUAUGAGUGUUCGAAGCGCAAUCUCAUUGCACUGGGUAUUCCCGAGACAUUGUCACACUUGACAGCUGGUCUACUGGGCGACUUGUUUGCCAGUUCCCUGUAUGUCCCCUCUGAAGUGCUCAAGACGCGUUUGCAACUACAGGGUCGCUACAGCAAUCCACACUUCUCAUCAGGCUAUAAUUAUCGGUCGACACUGGAUGCAAUUCGCACGAUUUACAGAGAAGAAGGCCGGUCUGCGUUUUUCCAUGGGUACAAGGCGACUCUUGUUCGGGAUUUGCCUUUCAGUGCCCUGCAAUUCGCCUUUUAUGAGCGUUUCAAGGUCUGGGCGCGGCAAUACUAUGGCAGUCAUGAGACGGGUCUCUUUGGUGAGAUUUUGACGGGCAGUGCAGCAGGUGCGCUGUCAGGUGCUCUCACGACACCCCUCGAUGUUGUCAAGACGCGGAUACAAACGCAAAAACCACCAGAGCCGGCCAGUGAAGCGAUCAAAGCAUCUGGUAAUCAUCCGCCUUCUUCGUCAUUGCCAAAGACACGAGGAGGAUCGCCACCGCAUGCGUUGCAAUUUCGAGCCCUCUCACCGACACACGUUCGACUCAUCAGCACGUCUUAUAAUACAUCUGUGCCGUCACCGGGUAGUUAUACAUUGACGACGAGUUCAGUUGUUGAAGGGAUGCGUCGGAUCUAUCGCAUGGAGGGUCUUGCUGGUUUGUUUCGAGGCAUCGGCCCGAGAACUGCAUGGACGGGUGCGCAGAGUUCAAUCAUGUUUGUUGUGUAUGAGACGCUGCUUCGGCGGUUUGCAAGAAUAGAGCACGGGCAAGAGGCUGCGUCGUAGAAAGUAAUAGCAUUAUGUCUCCUCAUCACUACUCGGUCUACAGCAUUCUAUUCAGUCUUUAUACAGUAC